UGGCCUAGGAAAUCGCUGGGAGUUUUGCUAAGGGUGGGGAUUGGUAUAACCGAACAGCGCCUUUAGCCCAGGAACCAGCCCCCGCCCGCUUACCCUCGCGGUGCUCCUGGGACGAUCCCAGUUCCCCCGACGCAGGGCCGCGUAAGGCAGCCGCGCCGGAGCGCUAGGCGAAAGGAAUCUGUUUGUCCGUCUGUCCUACCAGCUUGGGCUCAGCAGGCUCCGGAUUCAGGGGGCCGCAGCGGAGGCGGCGCCGGCCAGGGACUCUGCAGGGACCGGGGUGCCCCGGAGGGAGUGGUGCUGGUGGAGGAGGAGGCGGUGGCUGAGGGGGAGUAGGUGGGGAAAGAGGAGGAGGAAGAAGAGGAGGAGGAGGAAGAAGAGGAGGAGGAGAAGAAGAAACCGGAGGAAGAGGAGGAGGCGAAGGAGGAGGAGAAGCCGCAGCGGGCGCCGCAGGAGCGAGUGAGCUGGGAGCGAGGGGCGAAGGCGCGGAGAAGUCGGGCGGCCCGGCGGGCUGCGGCAGGCUCGGCCGAGGCGGCGGCGCCGACUCCGUUCCACUCGGCCGGGAUCCAGGCCUCCGGGUUCCCAGGCGCUCACCUCCCUCUGACGCACUUUAAAGAGUCUCCCCCCUUCCACCUCAGGGCGAGUAAUAGCGACCAAUCAUCAAGCCAUUUACCAGGCUUCGGAGGAAGCUGUUUAUGUGAUCCCCGCACUAAUUAGGCUCAUGAACUAACAAAUCGUUUGCACAACUUGUGAAGAAGCGAACACUUCCAUGGAUUGUCCUUGGACUUAGGGCGCCCUGCCCGCCUUUUGCAGAGGAGAAAAAACUUUUUUUUUUUGCCUCCCCCGAGAACUUUCCCCCCUUCUCCCCCCUGCCUCUAACUCCGAUCCCCCCACGCCAUCUCGCCAAAAAAAAAAAAAAAAAAAAAAAAAAAAAAAAAAAAAAAGAAAGAAAAAAAAAAGGAAAAAAAAUUACCCCAAUCCACGCCUGCAAAUUCUUCUGGAAGGAUUUUCCCCCUUCUCUUCAGGUUGGGCGCGUUUGGUGCAAGAUUCUCUGGAUCCUCGGCUUUGCCUCUCCCUCUCCCUCCCCCCUCCUUUCCUUUUUCCUUUCCUUUCCUUUCUUUCUUCCCUUCCUCCCCCCACCCCCACCCCAAACAAACGAGUCCCCAAUUCUAGUCCGUCCUCGCCGCGGGCAGCGGGCGGCGGAGGCAGCGUGCGGCGGUCGCCGGGAGCUGGGAGCCCAGGGCGCCCGCUCCUCGGCGCAGCAUGUUCCAGCCGGCGCCCAAGCGCUGCUUCACCAUCGAGUCGCUGGUGGCCAAGGACAGUCCCCUGCCCGCCUCGCGCUCCGAGGACCCCAUCCGUCCCGCGGCACUCAGCUACGCUAACUCCAGCCCCAUAAAUCCGUUCCUCAACGGCUUCCACUCGGCCGCAGCCGCCGCCGCCGGUAGGGGCGUCUACUCCAACCCGGACUUGGUGUUCGCCGAGGCGGUCUCGCACCCGCCCAACCCCGCCGUGCCAGUGCACCCGGUGCCGCCGCCGCACGCCCUGGCCGCCCACCCCCUACCCUCUUCGCACUCGCCACACCCCCUCUUCGCCUCGCAGCAGCGGGAUCCGUCCACCUUCUACCCCUGGCUCAUCCACCGCUACCGAUAUCUGGGUCAUCGCUUCCAAGGUAAAAGUAUGGUUUCAGAACCGAAGAACAAAGUUCAAAAGGCAGAAGCUGGAGGAAGAAGGCUCAGAUUCGCAACAAAAGAAAAAAGGGACGCAUCAUAUUAA